AUGGCGUCCGGGCCUCACCCGACCGCCGCCGCCGCCGCCGCCGCCGCGGCCGCCGCCGCCGCCGCCGCGUCCGCCGCCCCGAGCGCGGGCGGCCCCAGCUCGGGGACGGCGGCCGCGACGACGCCCGCGGCGGGCGGGAUCCUGAUCGGCGACCGCCUGUACUCGGAGGUGUCGCUCACCAUCGACCACUCGCUGAUCCCGGAGGAGCGGCUGUCGCCGACGCCGUCCAUGCAGGACGGGCUGGACCUGCCCAGCGAGACGGACCUGCGCAUCCUGGGCUGCGAGCUCAUCCAGGCGGCCGGCAUCCUCCUCCGCCUGCCGCAGGUGGCGAUGGCGACGGGGCAGGUGCUGUUCCACCGCUUCUUCUACUCCAAGUCCUUCGUCAAGCACAGUUUCGAGAUCGUCGCCAUGGCCUGUAUUAACCUUGCGUCGAAAAUCGAAGAAGCCCCCAGAAGAAUAAGAGAUGUGAUCAACGUGUUCCACCACCUCCGCCAGUUGAGAGGAAAAAGGACUCCAAGCCCCCUGAUCCUUGAUCAGAACUACAUUAACACCAAAAAUCAAGUUAUCAAGGCAGAGAGGAGGGUGCUAAAGGAGUUGGGAUUUUGUGUGCAUGUCAAGCAUCCCCAUAAGAUCAUUGUUAUGUAUUUACAAGUCUUAGAAUGUGAACGUAAUCAAACCCUGGUUCAAACUGCCUGGAAUUAUAUGAAUGACAGUCUUCGAACCAAUGUAUUUGUUCGAUUUCAACCAGAGACUAUAGCAUGUGCUUGUAUCUACCUUGCAGCUAGAGCUCUUCAGAUUCCAUUACCAACUCGUCCCCACUGGUUUCUUCUUUUUGGUACUACGGAAGAGGAGAUCCAGGAAAUCUGCAUAGAAACACUUAGGCUUUAUACCAGAAAAAAGCCAAACUAUGAAUUGCUGGAAAAAGAAGUAGAGAAAAGAAAAGUAGCCUUACAAGAAGCCAAAUUAAAAGCAAAGGGUUUGAAUCCCGAUGGAACUCCAGCCCUUUCAACCCUUGGUGGAUUUUCUCCAGCCUCUAAACCAUCAUCACCAAGAGAAGUGAAAGCUGAAGAGAAGUCACCAGUGUCUGUCAAUGUGAAGACAGUCAAGAAAGAACCUGAAGACAGACAACAGGCUUCCAAAAGCCCUUAUAAUGGAGUAAGAAAAGACAGCAAAAGAAGUAGAAAUAGCAGAAGUGCUAGUCGGUCAAGAUCAAGAACGCGAUCACGUUCUAGAUCACAUACUCCAAGAAGACAUUAUAAUAAUAGGCGGAGCCGGUCUGGAACAUACAGCUCAAGAUCAAGAAGCAGGUCCCGCAGUCACAGUGAAAGCCCAAGAAGACAUCAUAAUCAUGGUUCUCCUCACCUUAAGGCCAAGCACACCAGAGAUGAUUUAAAAAGUUCAAAUAGACAUGGUCAUAAAAGGAAAAAAUCUCGUUCUCGAUCUCAGAGCAAGUCUCGGGAUCACUCAGAUGCUGCCAAGAAACACAGGCAUGAAAGGGGACAUCAUAGGGACAGGCGUGAAAGAUCUCGCUCCUUUGAGAGGUCCCAUAAAGGCAAGCACCAUGGUGGCAGCCGCUCAGGACAUGGCAGGCACAGGCGCUGACUUUCUUCUUUGAGCCUGCAUCAGUUCCUGGCUUUGCCUAUCUAUGGUGUGAUGUAUGGACUCAUAAUCAAAAACAUUAAAACAAACUGAUUAGGAUAUGAUUUCUUAAAACCCUCUAGGUCUCUAGAAACACUGAAGACAUUUUGUUUUGGAAAAACUAUGUGUUUUUUUUUUUUUGUUUUGCUUUUUGGGGGUUUUUUGUUUUCUUGGCUUUUUUUUUUUUUUUUUCUUUCCCCUUUUUGGUUUUUGUUUUGGUUUUUGUUUUGUUGUUUUUUUUUUGUUUUUGUUUUUUUUUUGCACAUUAAAAUGCCCUAGCAGUAUCUAAUUGAAAACCAUGGUCAGGUUCAAUUGUACUUAUUAUAGUUGUGUAUUGUUUAUUGCUAUAAGAACUGGAGCGUGAAUUCUGUAAAAAUGUAUCUUAUUUUUAUACAGAUAAAAUUGCAGACACUGUUCUAUUUAAGUGGUUAUUUGUUUAAAUGAUGGUGAAUACUUUCUUAACACUGGUUUGUCUGCAUGUGUAAAGAUUUUUACAAGGAAAUAAAAUACAAAUCUUGUUUUUCUAAA